AUUUAGUGAGGAUUUAAUUUUGAGAAAUUGUAAAGUGAGGUGAGGAGAGGAAUGGGAACUGUUCGUCUACGCUAGAUCUCCGCUUGUUUUAGAUAUAUUGAAAUCCCAUCUGUAUAUGUCACGCGGAGUGUUAUUAUCAGAGCAAAGUCCACGAAAUUUUAUCUCGUUCCAAAGGUACAAACUAACAACUAUAUAUUAAUCUUUGCGAAUCAUAAGAUGUCAGUGAAGUGUGUCCCUCUCGCAUUGAUUUUUCGAUGAAACCCGAGGCUGAAUCAGCAGCUGAGAUGGCGAGUGGUUCCUGGGAGGAGUUCUUCGCUGUGCACCUGCCCCCCACGGACUUUGAGGACAACCGCUCACUUCUCAAAGAGUUUUGUGAGCGACAUGACCAUUAUGGGAACAAGAUUGUACUCGUUACAUCUGGCGGCACCACAGUCCCGUUAGAACACAACACAGUUCGCUUUGUGGACAACUUCAGCGCAGGCACUCGGGGUUCGGCCUCCGCUGAAUAUUUCCUCGAACAGGGUUAUGCGGUGAUCUUCAUGCACCGUCAGAAGUCCCUGGAGCCGUUCACCAGACACUUCAGCGGGCAGAAGAUGAUGGACAUGCUGGAUAUUCAGGAGCGGGGGCCGAACACCACCAUCACAGUGAAGCCGGACAGCGUGGACGUACUGGCGCCGAUACUGCUGCGGUACAAAGCGGCGCACGGCGCAGGCGCAGUGCUGUACGUGACGUUCACGACGGUGUCGGACUACCUGUGGCUGCUGCGCGCCGCGUGCGAGUGUCUCGCGCGCUGUGGUCCGCGUGCCAUGCUGUACCUCGCCGCCGCUGUCUCGGACUUCCACAUACCUAAGGACAAAGUGCCAACCCACAAAAUGCAAUCGGAAAGUGGUCCGCCAGUGAUCCAGCUCCACCUGGUGCCGAAGAUGCUGAAGCCUUUGGUAAACCUGUGGGUGCCCGCAGCGUACGUGGUGUCGUUCAAGCUGGAGACCGACGAGAGCCUGCUGAUCCCCAAGGCCAGGGCUGCGCUGGACAAGUACAAGCACAAGAUGGUAGUAGCGAAUAUGCUGCAAAGCCGACAUCACAGAGUCAUUUUGGUCACUCCCGAGGCGAGUCAAGAAAUUCUACUAACCAGGGAGGAAGUACAUGCUGGCGUGGACAUAGAGUCGGCGAUAGUGUCGGAGAUCGCGCGGCUGCACGCGGAGCACGCGCGCGCGCCGCGCUGAGGCGCGCGCGCGCGCCGCCGGCUCUACCUCACGCCGGACUAGCGCGCUCGCCUCUCUCUCUCACUCUCACUCUCACUCAGACCUACUCCUUCUACUGACUUCACAUUAUUUUGUGAUCUACGACGUGAUGAAAAGCGGUGGUUAUCACUAUUAUGACUAACUUUAAUGACUUUAAAUUGUGAUCGGGUUUCGAUAAAAGCGGUGUUCAGUUCCCGCUCGAUUCCACAUUUUCUUCAUCUCAUUACGUGUGUAGUGUGAUAUGUAUAACAAUAGCCAGCUACAGUAUCGCAUGCGGCACCAACCAACCUCACCAACCACCAAUUAUAAAAUAUGUUUUUGAAUGUAUUAUUAAAACUAUCAAUAUAAAUAUUUAUAAAAUGUUAUAAUCUGGAUCAAAAUGAUAUGACGUCACAAUUUUUGGAGGAAGCCAAGUUUGGUACUUUUACGGUUUUGCCGUAUACAACGUGUUUUUUAUAAUACUUCAAGUGCGUUUUUUUUAAUUUAUAUCAUUAAAAAAACAGCAUUUUAUUUAUUUUGUAUAAUAAUAAAUAUUAAAAAUAUAUUAUAGACGUGUAUCUAUUUAUAAUAUUGUGUAAUUUCAAAACUGAAUAUAUGGAACCAUUUUUUCUAUAAAUAAAAUUUAUUCUAGGUAAGUAUACUAAUGUAUGUAUGACAUGUAUGUGUUUAUAUGGAUAUAGUAUAUAUGAUCCAACAAGCGAUCGUUGAUGUUUAUUAUAUUGUAAAAUUUCAUGUCUGUUGUAUGCAAAUGAUGGAAUAUAAAUCUUUGUUAUACAAUGUGUAAUAUAUACAUUUAUUAAAUUAUAAAUAAAUAGAAAUAGUGUUCUCAAAAGGUGGUACAAUGUCUCCUUCUCUCUUAAGAGAUAGACGGAACCGCGAGACAGAGAUGGGACGUUGCUGCUGGAUAGCACGAUUAAAAUUGUCUUUAAUUGAUUUAAACUAAACGCCGUAUCUUUUAUGGAACUUUUUCUAUUUGUUUAUUAUUAGAGGUUAUUAUUCUAAGGUUAACUUGUAAGUGAACCAUCAGAAUGUUCAAAAUAUUUAACGAAUAGACACUUCCAGAUGAUACCGAGGUUAAGAAUAAUUAUAAUUAUGAUAUUAAUGUAUAUACAAUACGCGGCAGUACCGAACACUAAAGGCUUUGGGAAAAUAGAACUUGAUUUUAACACUAAAAGACUUGAGUAAUUAGAUCUUUGAUCUAAAUUAAUUAUGUGGCUUAUAUAAAAAUACGUCUGUUUCUCACUAUAUUUAUUUCUAUCUUACGACACAGACAAACACACAAAAGAUGAUCUUAAUUGACGUUCCUUCACGUUAUUCUAAUUUUUCAUCUUAAUCAAUUCACACGAUAUUUCAGCAAUAUGCAUUAAUUGAAUUCGGAUGUUGGCAAUAAACAAAAAUCAAAAGCAGUUUCUUCUUUCUGUGUUUAAUCUUGUGUUUAUAACCAUUGGAUCCACAACACAAGUUUCCGUUGUGUUAUCAAUUUAUCAAAAUUAACAAUUAUUGCAACUACAAGUUUGAUGUUGUACGUACCUAUGCGUGUCUUACUCUGGAAUUAUAAUAAGGACCAUGGCUAGACAUUUUACUGUCUGUCUAUAUGUAUAUUUAUUAUGUUUGUAUUGCUGCAACACACACAAAUCUUCAAAUGUAUUUGUAUGUAAACUGUGUAAUUCUGAUAUUAUUUGUUAUGUGUGCGAUUGUAGCAAUAUAUCGAUAUAAUAUUGGCUUCAAUUUUAUUAAUUUAUAAAAGCGAGUAGUUUUGUACUAUGUUAAAUAUCACUAUAUAGUAUGAAACAAUACUGUCUGUAUGUAUGUAUGUAUGCUUAGAUCUUUAAAACGACGGAUUUUGAUGUGGGUUUUUAUAUAGUGUUCUUCCUUAGCAUGGUUCAGGUAUAUAAUUUAUCAUGGUUUUACCCGGGCGAAGCCGGUAAGGGUCGCUAGUAUAAUAAUAACAAUGUUACAUAUUAAGAAAAUUUAUUAUUGCAUAUAAAUCAGUUUAUACGUAAUAUAAUUAUACGAAUAUAAUUUUAUGGGUUUGUUGAAUUUAAAAUUGAAUUUAUAAUGUAUAUUUACUGUUUAUGGAUGACUUAAUACUCCGUCUUUGACACGAGACAACCUUGUUUAUUAUUUAUUAAAUUUUGUUAGAUAUAAUUCAGAGAUUUACAUAUCAUCGGCGUGAUGUCACACUUAAGAAAAUUCAAAAAUCAAUUUAUUGAUAAAUGUUAAAAAAUUCUUUGACUGCAAUUCAGUCGAAUUGCAGUCAAAUUGUUCAGUCGAACAAAACUUAAGCCAAAAUAUAGAGUUUUUUAACAUUUACAAUAGUUGAUUUGCGCCGGAUAUCAAAACAAAUUUUAAGCAAAUAUGUCCAAUUUCGUGUUGUCUCUGUUCUACAUGCGUAGCGAGACAGAGAUAGUACGAGAGUUGUGGACGUGUUUGUUUAUAUUUCUUUCAAAUAUUCGGCAGCUGUUGAUGUAACAAAAUGCCUCAUGCGUAGGUUAACUUUAAAUACAUCACACAAAAUUGAAUUUUAAGCAAUGAGAUGAAAAAUGUCACGAAUAAGCCGAAUGGAUAUCGGCCUCUAUUAGCACUGCACCGGUUCGUGGGUCCAGGGUCGUGGGUUCGAUUUCCGCUCGAGUCUUUUUUUCAUCUCAUUAUUUAAAUUUGUAAAGCAUGUGUGACAUGCUAAAAUUAAACUAUUAAUUUGAAAAAAAAAAUGUAAUUCCAAGUUAACUUUUUCUUGUACAGUUAAAAGCACAUUAAGCUACCCAACAUUCAUUGCAAACUCGCUACUAUUGUCAUUGCAUAGAAAUGUAUGCAGAUUAGCUUGACGUGCAGUUGAUUGUACGUUGUUUUUUUUUUUCAGAAAAAAUCGUUGAAUUUCGUAUAUUUUAGAAAUGUGGUGGUGUUUACUGUAGUUAUUAUAUUCGGUGGGUAGUUUGUAACGAUUGAGGAGAGGGUUAUAUCAAUGGUACUUGUGUAACGUAGUUCCGUGUUGAGUGUUGCUAAUUGCCGAUCUUGAGCGUUUAUUUUGGGUAUAUUAAAUUGUAUUGUCAUUUGAUUUUUAUGAUAGUUUACUCGAGCUUGAAGACAAUGUAAACUUACAAUCGCAGCGCCGUGUUUUCGUGUUAGCUAACACAAAAACGUUAUUUACUUACCGAUUAGGGGCGUGGCCUAACUGUUAUGUUAGAAAAAUAACACCAAAACAUGUUUUCCAAACCGAAUGGAUAACAUCCCCCGCGUUCGCCUGCGGGGAGGGGAAGUGACUCAUUUUGUGUUAGCGCUCACUAAAGAAAGACGAAAGCAUAGCGCAAUAUGGAGUAAACGAACAUAACAAUAGGCGAAAUUAGAAAAUUGGCGCUGCGGACCCGGCUAUAAGGAAUAGCCAAAUGAGAUAAAACAUUUCCAUACAAGUUCCUGGCCUAGCUUACAACAUAUGCGAUGUAAAAACGGGUACACAAUGAGGAACAAGACAGUAGCGCUGUUCCGUUUCUUCUCGUGUAUAUCUAGUACGCGCUUCCCUUUCUCGUAUGAGUGAAAUGAAAGAUGAAAUGAACAAUGAUGAAGUUUUCUUUGCCUACGCUCGCUCAGACUCAAGAAACACGGACGCAUUGCUUUAAGGAUAUACGUAUAUUUUUUAUAUUAAUUCGUGACGUAUGAUUUUUUAUCACAAUACCCAGUAAUUAUACCCAGUAAUAUAUGCCUUUUUUUUCUAUAUAAGCAAAAUUAUUUGCUUAUUUUGAGAAAAACGGUUAGACCUAUAAAUGUAUCUCCACUAUUUAGUAAGCUCAAGAUAUGUGCAAAAUGAAUGAUAAAAGAUUUUCGGGAAAGGGAAAUACUAUAUUUAUUUUCGUCAACUUUGUGCACGAUACGAUAUAUACCGAACAAGAAUCGCUCAAAACUGGAGGAGGAACCAGUUUCCAGCGCAGGGAAGAACAUUUCUUAUUUUAUUUAUUUUAAAAUAAAUACAUUAAAUAAAAUCAUUAGACAUCUUUACUCUAAUACUCAAGUAUCUGAUGGUUUGCCAACCUUAUGGUCCUAUUAACACUUUCGUGGACGCUCAACGAGACACAAAAGAAGUUUAAUUGUUACGACGACGUCUAUAGCUGUCUUAAAUUCUUACGUACGCGUAAGUGUUAAUAUCAUAAAUGCGAAAGUUUAUCACCGGUAGACCGUCUGCCUAUCAGUUUGUAUGAACGCGAUAAACCUGACUGAUUUUUGUACUGUUUUAACCAACAGAAACACAACACUAUAUAAUUUAUUAUGGUUUUAUCCGAGCGAAGCAGGGACUGGCCGCUAGUCUUCGUUAUAUAUUUUCAUCAGGUGUAUCGUGCACAAAAUUGAAAUCUAGAUAUACGGUGUAAUAGUAAAAUGUUGUAACUGAUAUUCAAAUGCUGAUAUGUAUGUUCUAAGAACUAUGUUUUAAUGUUAAAGAUAUUUACUGUGUAAAAAAUAUUAAAAUUAUAUUAAAAAUUGUAUUCCGCAGACGCUGUCCCAAGUAUAUUUAAUAUUAGUUUCGUUUCAUAUGUUUUGUAAAUUCUCUAUAACUCGUCCGAGAUAAGUUCAGACAUCGUAUAUGUGGUGACGGUGGUAGGUUCUCAUUGUCUAGUGGUAAAAGCUGACCAGAAUAAUUGCGGAAAAGAACUGAGGCAAUACCUAUAUCAUAGUUCAAGAAUGUAUGGAGUCGCCAUUUUGAUUUUUGUUUUCAUAGUCUUUUUGUAUUUUAUAUAUAUCAGGUGAUCUACAUUUUAAUUGUUAACUAGACUAUUAAGGAUGUUUCUAUAAGUAUAAAAUCAUGUCUACAAACUUUUAUAACUUCUUAGUAUCCAGUAACCAUAAUAUCAAUGUUGUAAUCGAAAAUAUGUCUUACGUUGAAGACAAUAACGUCUAUUGUUGCAAGUUCUAUAAUAAAUGUACAGUCGGACUAAUGUAUACUUGAAUAAUAAAUAUUGAAUUAUCAACUAUUUCAAAAUAGUUAAUAAUUCAAUAUUUAAUUUUGUGAAAAUUUAAAAUCGAGCACAAAAAAAUCUUGUUUAUCGUUAUGGUAACCGAAUUUUCAUACGAACAAGAUCAUUAUAUAGAUCACGGAUUACUGGACUGAUAAUUUGUUUCUCUCCCACUCUCUCCUUCUCAUAAGCUAAUUAGAGUGGAACGUUCUCUUCUUGAAAUGAAUCUUAUAAUAGUAUACUUAAGGUAGGUUUUUAUUUGCAUUUUUCCUGAGGAGUAAUCCGUCAGGUUUUAUUAUGUGAUUCCCAAUCAUAUUUGAAUUGAAACUUGUAAUUUUGAAUGUAUACAUACAAUUUGCCCAAACUUUAAUUUGCAAUAUUUGUUAUAUUUAAAUCUUGCAGAGACUAUUAGCCAUUUGCAUUAAUUGACUGUGAAAUGCAACAGUUAUGGGUAUUUAUCGUUGUGAUAUUUGUAAACCUAUUACUGAAUCCGUAGCUUAGGCCAUCAUACUAGACGUGAUUAAAUAGUUUGUCAUAUUUUAAUGUA